AUGAUAGUGUAUGGGAAAUCAUGCCAUUUGCUGGUAGAAUUAGAGCAUCAGGCUCUUUGGGCGCUUAAAACCGUUUGUUUAGAUUUAACCGAGGCCGCUAGAAAAAGAUUCUUCCAGAUUCAUGAAUUGAAAGCUCUUCGUGAUGCCGCAUAUGACCGAUCUUGGAGUAUUAAGGAAAAGUCAAAAGCUUUACAUGAUAGGAAGUUGCGAAAGUUGAAGGAGUUUCGAGCGGGUGAUAACGUGCUUUUAUUUAUCUCGAGAUUGAAGUUAAUCGCCGGGAAGUUCAAGUCGAGAUGGUCCAGACCAUAUGUCGUGAAGGAGGUUUCCCCGUACGGUACCGUGGAGUUGUUUAAUGAAGAUACCAAGAAUUCGUGGAAAGUAAAUGGACAUCGUUUGAAACACUACCUAGGGGGUCCCAUCGACACCGCCGAAGAGGAAGACGUUCCUCUUGCGCACCCGCCUAGCACCGCCGCAUAA